ACAAAGGUGCUCGCCCAGGUCACGCUGAUCUCAGCCUUUGGAUCUUCCUUCCAGUAUGGCUACAACCUCGUUGUGCUCAACUACCCAGCUCAGUUGAUGCAAGAUUUUUACAACCAGACCUAUCACAAGAGGAACAAUAUCAGCAUAGACAGGGGCUUGCUCAUGUUCCUGUGGGGACUCACGAUUACGUUCUUCCCAAUCGGAGGCCUGGUUGGGACCCUUUUGGCUCGGCCCUUGGCGGAUCAUUGUGGCAGGAGAGACAUCUUGGUGGUAAAUAACUUCUUUUCCGUGGUCGCAGCCAUCCUCUGCUGUUGCUCCAGAGCAGUGCAUUGCUACGAAAUCAUUAUCUUCUCACGCCUGGUCAUUGGAAUAUGUGCAGGCAUAGCUUGCAGCGUGGUCCCCAUGUACCUUGCAGAGAUAUCCCCUCACAACCUGAGAGGAGCCGUCAUCGUGGUGGCGCAUUUGUUCAUCGCCUUUGGCGUCUUGGUGGCUCGGGUGCUCAGUCUCCACGUCGUCCUCGGAACCAGGAAAGGUUGGCCAGUCCUGUUGUCCAUCACUGGCAUCCCAGCAUUACUUCAGUUCUUCCUCUUGCCCCGUUUCCCUGAGAGUCCCAGGUAUCUACUGAUACAGAAGAGGAAUGAAGCGGAAGCAAGGCAAGCCUUGCAGAAGCUGAGAGAGCAGGAUGAUGUGGAGGAUGAGAUCAAAGAGAUUAGAAUGGAGGACGACUUUGAGAAGCCAGAGAAACAGAUGUCCAUGUGUAAGCUUGUGCUUUGCACAACCCAGCAGCGGCAACUCAUUUCCAUCGUCAUCCUGACGCUUGGCCAGCAUCUUUGUGGUCUCUACACAGUGCAGUAUUAUGCAGAGGUAAUCUACUUGUCUACGGGGAUACAAGAGGACUACGUAAGGCACAUCACUGUGAUGAUAAGCGCAACCGUCAUCUUCAUCACCACAAUAACGAUCUUUGUUGUCGAUUCCUCGGGGCGAAGGAUGCUUCUUCUCACCGGCUUUGGGAUCUGCAGCGUCAGCUGCCUUCUGUUAGCCAUGACCCUGGAACUUCAGAACACUGUGGCUUGGAUGUCCUGCUUCAGCACUGCCUUCGUCAUUAUCUACGUGAUCGGACACUCCCUCGGGCCCAGUCCCGUUCCCAGAGUGAUGAUCGCGGAGAUGUUCCUCCAGUCGUCCCGAGCUUCUGCUUUCAUGGUUGGGGAAACCGUCCACUGGGUCGCCCACUUCUUUUUGGACAUGCUGUUUCUUCACAUUAAGGUUGGUCUCCAGCCUUACACCUUCAUCAUCUUCUUCUUCAUCUGCACAUCCACCUACGCUUAUAUCUUCAAGAUGGUCCCAGAGACCAAGAAAAUGAGCUUUGUGGAGAUCAGGAAGCUUCUGGACAAUCCUGAGGCUCAGAGCAGCCAGGAGAAGAAGCCGGCAGAGGAAUAG